AUGUCGUCCUUUGCCAACCAGCCAAGCAAAGUGCCGGCUGCUGCGCGACAGCGACAGCAAAACGUGUCGAGCAGCUCGCAAAAUAGCUUCAUGCGCAUGCACGACGAUCACGACGACGAUGACCAGGAGCAGGCCGACGACGAGGCUAGCGGCAAGCGACGCCGGGUGCAGCGAGCCUGCGAUGUGUGCAGAAAGAAAAAGAUUCGCUGCGACGGCCUCCAGCCGGAGAAGGGAGCGUGCAGCAACUGUGCCACGUAUGGACACAAGUGCACCUUUGUCGAUGCAGCCAAGCGAAGGGCACCCCCACGGAGCUACGUCGACGCAUUGGAGGCACGCAUGAAGCGCGCAGAGACCCUGCUCCUGCAGCUUGCACCUGGUAUCGAUCUCGAUGAUCGCAUCGGACCAUACCCACAGCUGCCUGCGGACAAGAACGACCCGAAAGCUAAACAAUUCGACUCGUUUCAGCAACCAUCCAUGACAGCAGCACCUCCUGCUGUGCCAUCGCUACCGUCCUCGGCAUCUUUUGCCACAUUCUCGGAGGGAGGGGCACAAAAGCCUCGCGAUACGCCGCUCACAAGCGCUGGCUUCAACGCAGCCGCCGAAGACGAGGAAGACGACUAUGAAGAUGAGAUCGACUCUGAUGAAGACGACAUGGCCUUCGUCGGUGGUGGUAUGCAGCAGCUGUCGUUGGGCGAGAACGACAUCCCACCCCAGUCUACCAUCAACAUGACCCUCAUUGCCAAUGCAGACGUCGUCCGCGACGGUAAGAGUCAGGGUGCUUCGUCUUCGCAGUCACGACUUGCCUCUACAUCAGCGCAGAACGCUAGCCAGGGCAAGAAGCGGCCUUCGCAGUUCAUCGGCAAGGCCUCCGACUUCCAUAUGCUGCCCAUCCUCCAGCGUCUCAACAAGGACGGCAGCCUCGAUGUGGGCGGCGCGCGCACCAAGCUCCGUCCUCAGUUCUGGCAAACGCAAGAAUACCUCGACUUCCUACCAAACAAGAUUGAAGAGCUCGAUCUGCACUGGCCGGAGCCCGACCUAGAAGCGAAGCUGUACGAUGCCUACUUCGCCCGGUCCAAUCACGAGUACCCCAUCGUCAACGAGAUCAUGUUCCGUCGCGACAUUGCCGUGCCAGGCUGGAGAAAGGAUCGAGAUCUGGCCAGACUCGCGCUCAGCAUCUUUGCUGUGGGGAGCAAGCACACCGACGACCCAAGAGUGACGACGGAACAGCAGAGUGGCGAGUACGAAGCCGCGGGCUUCAAGUGGCAUGCUGCCCAGGUCAUCCUGGGCAUGGACUUCACCCAGUACGCCGUGCCAAUGUCGCGCAUUCAGUCCCAGCUCCUUUCGGUCAUCUACAUGUUUGGUACACCACUCACCUCAACAAGCGCCUGGGCACUGCUGGCCGUCGCGAUUCGGCUACUCCAGGAUGUGGGUGCACAUCGCAAGGCUACGGCACGCAAGCUUGGCUACUCGCUCGUCGUCGAUGAGACCUACCGACGGAUGUGGUGGACUGCCUAUGUGCUCGACCGUCUCUUUUCCGCCACACUGGGCAGACCUACCUGCAUCCAGGACGAGGACUUCGACGUGGACCUGCCUACGCUCGUCGAUGACGUCUACCUCGUCGAGGCCAGCGACGCAGACCGGCCAGCGGCCCAGCAACCUGCCGAUCGCCCUGCCUUGAUAUCGGGAUUCGUUUAUGGAGUCAAGCUCUUCCAGAUUCUGGGAAGAACGCUUCGGACCGUAUAUGCCAUCUCAAAAUCAAGGAUCAGCCGCGGCUUCGUCGGCUCUGCGUGGGACGGAUAUAUCGUCGCUGAGAUCGAUUCGAGCUUGAAUCAGUGGCUCAGUCAAGUGCCUCCUCACCUCCGCUACGGCAACAGCGAAGUGCAGGAUGAGGAGUGGCUCAUUCAGAGCUCCAACCUCUUCUUGAUCUACUACUACACUCAGGUCUUGGUGCACCGCCCCUUCAUUCCCAAGCCGACGUCCAAGUCGUCGAUGAGAUUCCCUUCGUUGGCCAUUACGUCCAACGCGGCACGCUCGGCUAUCCACAUCCUCUACAACCUCAGAGGCAAAGGGCUCAUCUUUGAAUCGGGCAUCUCGACGAUUUGGAACACCUUUUCCUUUGGCCUCGUACUUCUCCUCGUCAUAUGGGCCGCCAAGCGCAACGGUGCCAGGGUGGCAGAUUCGGCUAUGGCCGAUGUGCGCAAGUGCGUCGAGGUCCUUGAGACACUCGAGCAGCGAUGGUCACUCGCUGGCAGACUUCAUGAUGUUCUGGGCGGUAUCAUCGAAACGAGCGAGCUCCCAGUCAUGACCGCGGAUCCCACAGCUGCAAAGAGUCUCAAGCGGGCAGCUGCCAACCCAGAGGCCGGAACAAAGCAUCCAAAGGAGAGCAGCACCGGCAGUGACAUCAACGCCACGAUGCCCGGAGGCGAACGAGCGGAUCGACCAAAGAAAGGCCCCCCCUCGCGUCGUACGCUGCCCUUUUCAACGACAGAGCUUGUGGCGCCAUUCGACUACCAUUCUGGAUCGAGUGCUAGCCAGGAGAGUCCCGACUCCGCCUGGUCCGAGACCAAGGAUUCGCCUCUGCAGGGUAGCGAGCAUGCAGCGGGCGAAGGACCGCGGUUGAAGGAGGACCAUCUGACCGAGGGCCAACGAAUCUACUCCGCUUACAUUAGGAAUCAGCAGGCGGUCCAGGCAGCGCAUGCAGAAAACUUUGCGCAGCAGCCAGGGCCGCAACAGCAACCUGUUUUCGCUGCGCCCUCUAGUUCGAUGAUGGGCCAGCCCAACCCGCUUGGAGGAGAUGCAUUUGGCGCUGGUGUGGGAGGCUCACGACAGACUCCGAGUGGGGCCGAAGGCGACAUUCUCAAUUCUCUCAUGGCUUCCGCUUGGAACACGGGUCCAGACUCAUCCUCAGCUAUGGACGCCGAUGGUCAGAGGCUGACUCCUGCCAUGGGCAUGCAAUCGUCGGCCAUGGGAAGCUAUGGACAGUCCUACCCCUACUUCUCAGGAAACACGCCUCGGGCCGUUCCUUCAAGUCUGGAUAUGGCGCCAAGCGCCUCGACAGCAUCUGCAGCCACCGCGACCGACCAAGGACUGAGCGGCAGCGGCGGCGGCAAUAAUCCCAACAAUCCCAACAACGGUGGCUCAAACACGAACGAAGGGGGUUCUCAAGACCCCUUCGAAACCUUCUUCAAUCAGAACUUCUGGGGCGAUGCUGACCUGAUGGCCACUUUGUCGGGCGCCGGCAAUGUGCAACAGUGGUGA